CUCUUUUGUCCUACCGCGGAAGCCGUAGUUUUGAAGAUUACGUCAACUUCCUGCGACUCUUCACGUGUUUUGACAGCGGGCAGAGGUUUUCUCAGCUACUGCAGAAGCUCAUUUCCACCUCCUCUUCCUCCUGGUAGCCAUGAGCAACAGUGAUGAUGAUGAUGUUCCCACCCUGUCUGCUCACACCCUGGCUGCCCUGCAGGAGUUCUACAAUGAGACCAGGACGAGUCCGGAUCACAGUGCAACACCCUCAGAUCCGUUUGCUGUGGGAGCAGUGGAGGAGGACUGGCGGAUGAGCCAGUUCUGGUACAGUGACGACACGGCUGCGCGGCUAGCAGAGGAGGUCAUGCGAGAGGCCGGAGAGGGCGGAAGGAUAGCGUGUGUGUGCGCGCCCAGUGUGUACCAGAAGCUGAAGCAGGGUGUGAUGGCUGGUUCUGACGGGGUGUGUGCUUCUGUGUUCGAAUACGACCGCCGCUUUGCCACGUAUGGAGAGGACUUCAUCUUCUACGACUACAACGAGCCGCUGGCUCUACCUCCCAGCGUAGCCCAGCAGAGCUUCGACAUCGUCCUCGCUGACCCCCCCUACCUGUCUGAGGAGUGCCUGAGAAAAGUGGCCCAGACCAUCCAGUACCUGAGCAAAGGCAAAGUGCUGCUGUGCACAGGAGCCAUCAUGGAGGUUCUCGCCAAACAACUGCUGGAUGUAAGAAUGUGCAGCUUUUUGCCCAAACACAACAGAAACCUGUCCAACGAGUUUCGUUGUUUUGUGAACUAUCCUUCCCAGCUGCUGUGAGGCGGAGGAUCCACUUUGAGUCCAGAACCAGAAAACCCAGAUGAGGGCAAAUGUUUCACAGCUGCAAUUAUGGGAUGUUUAAGACUGAGAUGUGGUGAAAGUGGACAUUUUUACUUUAUAUCAGUAAUCAACAGGGCUAGAUGUACUUAAAUGAAAUAAAUUUGUUCCAGUUGUUCAAACAUGUAUUUUGAUAUCUUCCACAUAAGGAUUAAGCCCUAAAUUCAUUUUAGCCCUUCAUUUUUAUGUUUUCAAAAUAAAAGUUGACUUCCUGUUUUGCACACAUCGGACCAGAAAAAUGCCACACAAGAUUAAGACUGAAAAUAAAAAGAGCAGUAGACUAAUAACACUCAGCUGUAGCUUUCUAAAAUCUUUUUGAGCCCUUACAUUCAUUUCCAAGACUCCUAUCGAAGUCCUCUUUUAACUUUAAUUUGUUCAGGUAUUGUGGAGGAAUUUUUUUAGAUGUUAUGGUGGCCUGCAGUGAAAUCUUUGCAUUUGCAUUAUUAAAGCACAGUGAAAGAAAGGACAAUUAAAAAUAGUUUCUCAUAAGGUCAUAUUUCUGUGAGAAUGUUUUAACUCCAGUCCAAAAACAUUACAAAGGUACUGGUGACACAAAAACAUUAGUUUUUCAUUUUACUGUGAAAUUUCAAACCUCAAAAAUUAAGUAAACGCACUGUAAAGGGUUAAUUUACAUCUAUUUAA